AAAACCGUGCCGUACGCAGAUGCCAACGUCAUCAUUGUGCGACAGAGUGUGUGUCAUGAGGAUCUGACCUACAGGGAAAAUACUAGUGUAAAGGUGUCUUAUUUGCACAGCCUCAGGUCCAGGAGAGAGGAGUACCAUGUCGGUGUCGGCGCUGUCACGGGCGUUGCGAUGCCUGUCACUAUCUCCAGUCUGCAGCGUUGCUCAAGGCGGCACCCUGGCUGGCCGCCUCCCCUCGCCGGCUGGGAGCCACGCUGCCCUGUGGUCUGUGGUCAGCCACAGUCAUCCGAUUCACGCAAAGCUGAGCGCCCCGCCGAUGCAAUGGCGCGGAUUUUUCACAGGGAUUCCCCUGGCGCAGAACAGCAGAUUUUGGAAACAGAGAGCCAAGUACACCAUCCGACCAAUUGGCAAGAAAAAGACUGGAGGCAGAGACCACACAGGCAAGCUGUGCACUGCUGGCAUUGGCGGGGGCCACAAGCAGAGAUACCGCAUUGUGGACUUCCAGCGCCUCACCUUUGAAAAGAACACAGAGAAGCAGAGUUUCGAGGAGAAGGUCAUCGAGGUGCGAUACGAUCCUUGCAGAUCUGCAGAUAUCGCACUGGUGGCAGGGGGCAGCCGCAAACGCUGGAUCAUUGCCACUGAAAACAUGCAGACUGGUGACAUCAUCAAAACCUCUAGCGUUAUCGGCCGUAUGGCAGUUUCAGCCAAUGAGGGUGACUCGUACGCCCUGGGGGCUCUACCUGUGGGCACGCUGGUCAACAACCUGGAGCUGUACCCUGGGAAAGGUGCCCAGUACAUCCGUGCUGCAGGAACCUGUGGAGUGCUGCUGAGGAAGGUGAACGGAACCGCCAUCGUGCAGCUGCCGUCCAAACAGCAGGUCCAGGUGUUGGAGACCUGCAUGGCCACCGUGGGCCGCGUGUCCAACGUCAACCACAACAAGCGCAUCAUUGGCAAGGCUGGCCGCAAUCGUUGGUUGGGCAACAGGCCGUCCAGCGGACUGUGGAAGAGAAAGGGCGGUUGGGCGGGACGCAAGAUUAAGCCCCUCCCCCCGAUGAAGAGCUACGUUAACCUGGCCUCUGUAGGGAGUGCGUCAUAGCAGCAGAAAUGCCAGCAGUCUGUGUCACUGGGGACCCCAGACUGUGGCUCUGAUACACCUGCACAUGACCAGGGCUGGGCUGUUAGUGGCACACCUACACCUGAACUGCACUGCCAUGCUGGUCUGGCUGCUGUAAUAGAUGGGAAGGCUGCCUCAUUUCUACUCUGAUGAGGCCUGUGCUGCAACAUGCAGUCUUUCAUUUUUUUUGUAACAAUGUGCCUGAUGGGAAAUGAAGUAUUUAAACCAA